CGCUCGUCAUUCGCGCCUGAAGUUCUGCGGGUGUCGUUCUUAUCCGACGUAAACAAACAUUCACGUGCUUUUGAAUUAGCUUAUAUUUUAUGUAGUAAAUGAGUGACAGUGCACGUGACUGUGUUUGUUUAUAAUUUAGUAAAUGAGUGCGAGUUCAUCAUGGCGGCAGUAAUCCGCAGACUCGACGAGACUGUAGUGAACCGCAUCGCAGCAGGAGAGAUCAUCCAGCGGCCUGCCAAUGCCAUCAAAGAGAUGAUGGAGAACUGUUUGGAUGCAAAGGCCACAAAUAUCCAGAUAACAGUGAAAGAAGGAGGACUGAAGCUCAUCCUCAUUCAGGACAAUGGCAGUGGCAUCAGGAAAGAUGAUAUGGAAAUAGUUUGCGAGCGUUUUACGACCAGCAAGCUUCAGUCUUUUGAGGACUUGGCAUCAAUUGCAACAUAUGGAUUCAGAGGAGAGGCUCUUGCCAGUAUAAGUCAUGUAGCACAUGUCACAAUCACUACAAAAACAGCUGAUGGAAAAUGUGCCUACAGGGCUAAUUACUGUGACGGGAAGCUGAAAUCUCCACCCAAACCCUGCGCUGGAAACCAGGGAACGCUGAUUUCUGUAGAGGAUCUGUUUUAUAAUGUGUCCACCCGACGGAAAGCCCUGAAGAGCCCCAGUGAGGAAUACUCUAGAAUCAUUGAGGUUGUGAGCAGAUACGCCAUUCACAACUCUGGGAAAAGUUUUGCUGUCAAGAAGCAAGGCGAGAUGGUUGCAGAUGUGAAGACUCAAAUGAAUGCCUCUGUGCUGGACAACAUUCGUGUGGUGUUUGGUGUAGCUGUUAGCAGGGAGCUGAUUGAAGUUGAGUGUGAGGAUCAGAAACUCGCUUUUAAAAUGAAGGGCUACAUCUCCAAUGCCAACUACUCUGUCAAGAAAUGCAUCCUUAUUCUUUUUAUCAACCAUCGCUUGGUGGAGUCUAGUGCCUUGAAGAAAGCUAUCGAGACUGUAUACACUGCUUAUCUUCCCAAAAACACUCAUCCUUUUCUUUAUCUGAGUCUAGAGAUUGCUCCUCAGAACAUUGACGUGAACGUUCACCCCACCAAGCACGAGGUGCACUUCCUACACGAGGACAGCAUCACCGAGAGCAUUCAGAAACACAUUGAGAGUAAACUGCUCGGCUCUAACUCCUCACGCACAUACUUCACACAGACUCUGCUUCCAGGACUCUCUGCGUCCGCCAGCGUGGCCAAAGCCUCUUCUUCAGCAGACUCCCAGGAGCGCGUGUACGCCCAUCAGAUGGUCCGCACUGACUGCAAAGCCCAGAAGCUGGAUGCGUUUCUCCAGCCGUCAGGCUCUCAGUGCAGGCCAGAGAAAGCCUCCAGCCCCCCCGCCGCUGAGCUGGACGACUCCGAGCUUCUGAAUGCUGUUGAUCUGGAGCCAUGCGCCUCAGAAGAUCUACAGACAGACUCUCCUCCUAAUGAAGCACCACUGAGGAAAAGGCCUCAUGUCGAGGAGGUGAAGGACGAUUUGACGGCCGCCUCUCUUCCCAGGAGACGCGUCAUUAAACUGACCAGCGUUACGCAGCUUCGGGAGGAAAUUGAGCAGCAAACUCACAAAGGUUUACAGGAGCUGCUUCAGAAACACUCGUUUGUGGGUUCAGUCAGUCCUCAGUGGACUCUAGUGCAGCAUCAGACUAAACUCUACCUGCUCAAUACAACCAAACUCAGUCAGCAGCUGUUUUAUCAAAUUUUGAUCUACGAUUUUGGUAACUUUGGAGUCCUUCGAUUGUCGAAUCCAGUUCCGCUCUAUGAUUUGGCCAUGUUGGCUCUGGAUUCAGAGGAGAGCGGAUGGACGGAUGAGGACGGACCAAAAGAAGGACUGGCCCAGUAUAUUGUGGAUUUCCUUAAGCAGAAAACAGAAAUGCUGGAAGAGUACUUUUCCCUGGAAAUAGAUGGAAAAGGGAACCUGACUGGUCUGCCAAUGCUGCUUGAUAAUUACACUCCUGCCAUGGAGGGACUUCCGAUGUUCAUUCUGCGUUUAGCCACUGAGGUGAACUGGGAUCGAGAGAAGGAUUGUUUCCGGGACUUCAGCAUAGAAUGCAGUCACUUCUAUUCCAUAAGGAAACGCUACACACUGGAGCCGGAUGCAGAAGAGCCACAGGAUGCAGAGAUGAGCUGGCAGUGGAAGGUGGAGCAUGUGCUUUUCAAAGCUCUUCGAUCUCUCUUCAGCCCGCCGAAACACUUCAGUGAGGAUGGCAGCGUUCUCCAGAUCGCCAGCCUGCCUGACCUCUACAAAGUGUUUGAAAGAUGCUGAAGUUCAGCACUUUGUUGUUCUGUGUAAUAGUUUCAACUAUCAGAAAUUUUAUUGGUCAGCUGAUAAUUCUAAAAUGGCUAAGACCACAAUUCAAAUCUGUCACGUUAUUUCAGAUGUCCAGCUAACAUUAAAACAAGGAUUUAUAGACGUUUGUACUGAAGAUGAAUAAAAAAAGAUUGUAUUUUGAAAUAUUAAACGAUGUUUUUUAUUGUGAA